UCUUCUGCUCCUAUGGCUCCGAGCUGCUGGUUCUUCUGGGCGUUGUGGCUACCACUGAUGCUCCCCGUCGCUACGGCUGAGGAACAAGUGCAAGCCUGCUCGGCCAAGAAGUGCGGCAACACCACCAUCUCCGACCCAUUCUGGCUCACGGAUAUGGAGAUGGGAAGAUCAUGUGGUUCCCCAGACUUCGAGGUCGAUUGCUACAACGGAAGUUCUCCCGUUCUACUGAGUCCUAUACGCCUCAGCGCCAGGUUUGACAUCAUCAAUAUUUCUUACGAGGAGCGCAGCUUGCGCGUGGCUGAUAGAGGCAAGCUGAACUUGCUGCAAGCCUCUAACAGCUGCCAAGUACCGAUCUGGAACACCUCCGUCAAAGUAGAUCUCCCGUUCAGGAUCUCCCCCGUCAACCUGAACCUCAUGCUGUACAACUGCACGGAGGCGACGGCGGCCGCGGCACUUCGUCGGGGCACCGAGCUGGUGCGGACGAGGAUGAGGUGCGUGAAUGAAACCAGGGUGUUCGUCCGCGCGGCGGGGCGCUACGAUGGGACUAGCGGCUACGGCGGGUACGCUGUGCAAGGCUGCAUCGCCGCUGCUGUGCCGGUCCUUGGGCGUGGCUCGUCGUCGGGCGAGGCGAACGCGAGCGACUAUGAGCAGCUCAUAAACGAUGGCUUCCUCAUGACAUGGGAUCCACCCCCGACACGUAAAUUCACCAGUCAAAUCCUGUCCUUAAUCCACUUCCUGGCUAGCUAUCUGACCAAGCUAUCAAUAAUGGCACUCACUUAUUGAGGAUAAACGUUAGCCACAGCCGGGCCAGCCAGCGCGGCACCUCCACCUUCCUGUUCGGCCAGGACGUAGUGCGCCCACUUGACUAUAACCUGUGUUAGAAUAAAUCUGAGGCAUAG